GAAAUGAAAGGGAGUAAGUGCUCAACGAACUCCCACUGUGAAUCCCUCCCGACAGAGGUAGGACACAGGAGCAAAUGUGGAAGUUCUGGGGGAGGGCAAGAGUCUUGUCCCGGUCUCCUGUCCUCCGCCUCCAAGGGGAGGGGGGUAAGGGAGAUCCUGCUCUUUCAUUUUCGUUUCCCGGAAGGAUAGCGACUACCGGCACCCAUUACCGCUCGGUUGCGAGCUCCGGCGUCUCUACGCCCCUCCAGCUUCAAAAUCGUUUUCUUACCCUCUCUCAUCUUUCGUUUUCCUGGUCUGGAAUAAGGAUUUGGAUGGAAAUAGGGUCAGAAAGAGAAGACCAAGGUUCCCCUGCAACAAGAGUCAGCACAACCUUCAUUAAAGAAAGUCGGGCUUCCACUUCUUCACCUGUAAUGCAGCUAUUUGUUGUUGGCAAGGAGCCUCAAAUGAUUGUCUGCUUCUAAGAACAAGACCCAAUACUGAACCCCUUUAUCAGCAUCAGAAUAGAGUGGAGAGAACAUUACAUCUGGAGCUAAAGGACAGAGUGAGAAGAGUCGACUAAUUCUUCUUCCAUUCAGGUGUCAGCAACAUCACCCCCAGUCACUCAGUUCCAAGCCAAAUGUGAGUCUAGAAUGCAACUUAUCCAAGAAGAGGAGAUCUGCAAGUUACCAGGCAGACUCAGAAUUCACCCUUCACUGUGGAGUAAGGAGGAUGUGAUUCACUGGCUAAAAUGGGCUGAACAGGAAUACUCCCUCCCACGGACGAUGGAGCAGAAGUUUGAGAUGAAUGGGAAGGCCCUCUGCAUCCUGACGAAGGACGACUUCAGAUACCGAGCUCCCAGUUCAGGUGAUGUCUUGUAUGAGCUGCUUCAGUAUAUUAAAACACAGAGGAGAGCCCUGGUCUGUGGACCCCUCUUCAGUGCUCCUUUCCUGCGUGUGGUUCCCUUCCAGCAGCCUCUCUGUCCUCUAGAAGAGGGGAACAGUUCCUUACAACUUACCUCUCAAAGGGUUUUGAAGACAUCCCCCUGGAAGGAGGGGUCCAGCAACACCUCUGGUCAGCUGGAUUCUAUCUCCCUGCCAAGGGCUUUCUUCAGAGAAGAGCCGCUUAAUCUCGCAGAUAUCAGCUCUGGGGCAGAGGUCAUCUAUUCCUUUCACAGAGCAAAACAAGACCCUAUUAAUGGAAAACUUGCAGACUGUCGUUUACUAUGGGACUAUGUGUAUCACCUGCUCUCUGACAGCAAAUAUGAAUCAUAUAUCAAGUGGGAAGACAAGGACUCCAAGGUCUUCCGGGUGGUCGAUCCAAAUGGACUUGCCAGGCUCUGGGGGAAUCAUAAGAACCGGGUGAACAUGACCUAUGAGAAGAUGUCAAGGGCUCUUCGGCAUUACUACAAAUUGAAUAUCAUCAAAAAGGAGCCAGGACAGAAACUUUUGUUCAGAUUCCUGAAAACUCCUGAUGAAAUUGUUCAGGACAAAGCCAGCAGGUUGGAGCAGCUGGAACAUCAGGAUCAGGAAGGAGUGGAUUUUAAGGAGGAAAUGUUAGAAGUCUCACCCUAAGGGACAAUUGACAGGCAGGGAUGUAUUUCUCUGAUCUAGAAGAGUAUUUUUUUCCUGUAGGAAGAGGAGGAGGAGGAAGAGAAAAAGGAGGAAAGGGAGAAGGAAGAAGAGGGAAAGAGGAGGAAGAAGAGGGAAGAGAGAAGGAAGAAGAGGGAAAGAGGAGUA